AUGCCUCCUGCUGUCGCCUCUCCAUUACAGACAACCCAAGCCCAGAUCGUUACAGCUCAAGUUACAUCGCCCGUACCCGAUGCUCCUACUCCUUCUGAUGAUCCUCAAUCCAGCAUAGUUAAGUGGCCUAUCCCCUCUGAUGCUGCUGCUACUGCUAUUACAAGCAUCGCCCCUACUCCUAUGGGUACUGUUGACUCCAAGGGUGGCAACCGCUUCCCUCUAUGGGCAACC